AUGGCACGUAUUUUCAUCACUGGGUCUGCUGAUGGCUUCGGCCUUGAGGCUGCUCGUCAACUCGUUCAACGCAAACACACCGUCUACCUCCAUGCGCGUAACGCCAAGCGUGCAGCCGACGCUAAGGCGAACUGCCCAGGCGCCGCAGGCAUCUUUAUCGCCGACUUGUCACUUGUGUCGGAGACAAAGAAACUCACCGACGAAGUCAACGCUGCCGGACCCUUUGAUGCCAUUAUUCACAAUGCUGGCAUGCUCUACGGACCGUUCCGAAAAACACCUGAUACAGGAAUUCCAGCCAUGGUGGCCGUUAACGUCCUUGCACCUUACAUUUUGACUUCCCUGAUAACCCCUCCCAAGCGGCUCGCUUUUAUUUCGUCUCAGUUGCACCGCCAGGCCGAUACAAGGAUCGAAGAUAUCUUCUGGCUUGAGCGAGGAGAAGCUCAGUUCCAGGAUUUUCCUGCUUACUGCGACUCAAAGCUACAUGUGAUGCUACUCGCUAAUGCGGUAGCAAGACGGUUCAAAAACACGUCGGUUACUUCUGUUCACCCUGGCUGGGUGGCUACGAAGAUUGGCGGCGAGGGCGCACCAGAUACGCUGGAGGAUGGCGUGCAGACAUAUGUUAUGCUUGCUGAAGGAGACUAUGAUCAAACCUUGACUGGAAAGUACUUUGAGCCGAAGAAGCGGCUGGGUGAACCGCUUCCGGAGUCUGGUGACGUCGAUCUGCAGGAGAAGGUAGUCAAGGCUUGCGAGAAGCUUGCAGGAUUAAACCUUCCUGCGUAG